GGGGCACUUGGAUUUACCGGUAUCCAAAAGUGUACGUCGGCAUUACGAAUCCUUGCUUAUGGUAACACUACCGACAUCAACGACGAGUAUCUAAAAAUGGCGGAGAAAACAACACGAGAUAGCUUGGAACAUUUUUGUCGCGGUAUAAUUGAUGUGUACGGUGCGCGUUAUCUUAGAACGCCUACAUGGGAGGACCUUCAAAAGAUCUAUGAGGUACAUAAUGCCGAGCAUGGUUUGCCUGGUAUGAUCGGGAGCAUAGAUUGCAUGCAUUGGCGUUGGGAUAACUGCCCGACUGCAUGGCGAGGCCAACACACACGUGGUGACCAAAAAGGACCCACUAUUAUUCUUCAGGCGGUUGCUUCACAAGACCUUUGGGUUUGGUCGGCUUACUUUGGCAUGGUCGGGUCAUGCAAUGAUAUCAAUGUUUUUGAACAAUCGCCGUUGUUAGAGGAGUGGAUUUUUGGCAAAGCUCCAAAAGCGUCGUUUUACGCAAAUGGAAACUACUACCCUCAUGGAUAUUAUUUGAGCGACGGAAUUUAUCCUAGGUAUUCGAUUUUCGUGAAGACGUUUAGUGAUCCUAUUGAUGACAAAAGAGCAUACUUUAAAAAGCUUCAAGAGUCUUCACGAAAAGACACUGAGAGAUGUUUUGGGGUUCUUAAACAACGCUGGCAAUACUUGAGAAAUCCUUGUCGUGCAUGGAGCAAGCAAAAAAAUGAGAGAUGCUAUGUACGCUUGUAUAAUCAUGCACAACAUCAUUUUGGAAGACGAAGGAAAGGCGAUAUGCCAGAAUUAUAUGCCAGAAGCCGUUCAAGAGGAGCAUCCACAGGCGUCAAUGGAAGAAAGAGUGAAUAA